AGGAGAGCGGGCUUCCUCUUCCCCUCCCAUUUACUGAGCUCUGGGUUGCUGUUCUAGCCCUUUCCACGUGUUCCCUAAUCCAGCAAAGGUGACUGUUCCCCCUGGGAAGGGCCCCCGAAGAGGACGGAACGGCCAGCGCUCGGGAUCCCACGCCCGGCACGACAUGAAGUCCCCCGACGAGGUGCUACGCGAGGGCGAGCUGGAGAAGCGCAGCGACAGCCUCUUCCAGCUAUGGAAGAAGAAGCGCGGCGUGCUCACCUCCGACCGCCUGAGCCUGUUCCCCGCCAGCCCCCGCGCGCGCCCCAAGGAGCUGCGCUUCCACUCCAUCCUCAAGGUGGACUGCGUGGAGCGCACCGGCAAGUACGUGUACUUCACCAUCGUCACCACCGACCACAAGGAGAUCGACUUCCGCUGCGCGGGCGAGAGCUGCUGGAACGCGGCCAUCGCGCUGGCGCUCAUCGAUUUCCAGAACCGCCGCGCCCUGCAGGACUUUCGCAGCCGCCAGGAACGCACCGCACCCGCCGCGCUCGCCGCACCCGCCGAGGCCGCCGAGGCCGCCGUGGCCGCCGCAGCCUCCGAGCCCUCCGGGCCAUCCCCGCAACCCAAGCCCCGCACGCCAUGAGCCCGCCGCUGGCCGUACGCUGGACGAGUCAGACCGAGGCUAGGACGUGGCCGGCGCUCUCCAGCCCCGCAGCAGCAGAACUUCCCGUGCUCGCGGAUCCUUGCUCCGUUGCACGGGCGCCUUAAGUUAUUGGACUAUCUAAUAUCUAUGUAUUUAUUUCGCUGGUUCUUUGUAGUCACAUAUUUUAUAGUCUUAAUAUCUUGUUUUUGCAUCACUGUGCCCAUUGCAAAUAAAUCACUUGGCCAGUUUGCUUUUCUACCA